AUGUUCCCAAACUGCAGCGGACACAUCGACGGCUCCGGAGACAAAGUGAAGCGGAGGACCUGGGAAAGUCCUCUGGCUCUUUGCCUGGCUGUAAUCUCCCUCCCGUCGUGGGGCAUGAGCAAGUGUGCGUGGCUGAACAAUGCGGUCAUAAGGUCUGACACGGCUCUCCGGGGGGCACAGGCCACUGCCACGUCCGUCCACCGCACUCCGCAUGGGGCCACAGAGCAGCCUGACAGGGGCCCGCUACCUCUUUCUGCGUAA